CCCAGGUGUCUCGCAGCUCCGGCUCCCGGCGCGCCCUUUCGCACACCCCGCGCCGGAGAGGGAGGACGCGGCGCUCAUGGGGAUGCAAGGAUGUAGGGGCGCCAAGGGAGAGAAGAGGCCGCGCGAGGAGCGGUGGUGCGAGAGCCGCGGAGGCGCCGGGCCGCUCGGGGCUCCUGGCGAGGCGCGCGGCGGCGGCGGCGCCACCGGCCGGGUGUUGGCCAUUCAGGCCCGAAAGCGGAGGCCGAAAAGAGAGAAACAUCCGAAAAAAAAUCAAGCAGAAGAUUGAGCUGCUGAUGUCAGUUAACUCUGAGAAGUCGUCCUCUUCAGAAAGGGGUUACUCCUGGCUCUGCACUCAGGAAUUACUCCUGGCAGUGCUCGGGGAUAUGGGAUGCCGAGGAUUGAACCCAGGUCCGCCGCAUGCAAGGCCGGAGCCUCAGCAGAAAGCUCCCUUAGUGCCGCCGCCGCCACCACCACCGCCACCACCGCCUCUGCCAGACCCUACACCCCCAGAACCAGAGGAGGAGAUCCUGGGAUCUGAUGAUGAGGAGCAGGAGGACCCCGCGGACUACUGCAAAGGUGGAUACCAUCCAGUGAAAAUUGGAGACUUGUUUAAUGGCCGGUAUCAUGUUAUCAGGAAGCUCGGAUGGGGACACUUCUCGACUGUGUGGCUGUGCUGGGAUAUGCAGGGGAAACGAUUUGUUGCAAUGAAAGUUGUAAAAAGUGCUCAACAUUAUACAGAGACAGCCUUGGAUGAAAUAAAAUUGCUCAAAUGUGUUCGAGAAAGUGAUCCCAAUGACCCAAAUAAAGACAUGGUUGUUCAGCUAAUUGAUGACUUCAAGAUUUCAGGCAUGAAUGGAAUUCAUGUCUGCAUGGUCUUUGAGGUGCUUGGCCACCAUCUCCUCAAGUGGAUCAUUAAGUCCAACUACCAGGGCCUCCCAGUGCGUUGUGUGAAGAGUAUCAUCAGACAGGUCCUUCAGGGGUUAGAUUAUCUACACAGUAAGUGCAAGAUUAUUCACACUGACAUAAAGCCCGAAAACAUCUUGAUGUGUGUAGAUGAUGCAUAUGUGCGAAGAAUGGCGGCUGAGGCCACCGAGUGGCAGAAAGCAGGGGCCCCUCCGCCUUCGGGGUCCGCAGUGAGUACUGCUCCACAACAAAAACCUAUAGGAAAAAUAUCAAAAAACAAAAAGAAAAAACUGAAAAAGAAGCAGAAAAGGCAAGCUGAAUUAUUGGAAAAGCGCCUACAGGAGAUUGAGGAAUUGGAGCGAGAAGCCGAAAGAAAAACAGUAGAAGAAAACGUCACGCCUGAUAUACCCUCCAAUGAGCAGGAUGGCGAGUACUGCCCGGAGGUGAAACUAAAAACAGCGGAAUUGGAGGAGGCGGCCAAGGCAGAGCCGGCCGCUGACAACAAUGGUGAAACUGAGGAUCAAGAAGAGAAAGAAGACACCGAGAAAGAAAACAUCGAGAAAGAUGAAGACGACGUUGAGCAGGAACUUGGAAACAUAGACCCUACGUGGAUAGAAUCCCCCAAAACCAAUGGCCAUAUUGAGAAUGGCCCGUUCUUACUGGAACAGCAGCUGGAUGACGAAGAUGAAGAAGAGGAAGAUUGUCCCAAUCCUGAGGAGUACAACCGGGAUGAGCCCGAUGCAGAGAGCGAUUAUGCAUACAGCAGCUCCUAUGAACAAUUCAAUGGUGAAUUGCCAAAUGGACAACAUAAAAUGCCCGAGUCACAGUUUCCAGAGUUUUCCCCAGCGUUGUUCUCUGGGCCCUUAGAACCUGUGGCAUGUGGCUCUGCUCUUUCCGAGGAAUCCCCUCUCACGGAGCAAGAGGAAGGCAGUCCAUCCCGUGACCGCAGCAGGACCGUCUCAGCCUCCAGCACCGGGGAGUUGCCAAAGACGAGAACCCGGGCCGCCGACUUGUUGGUGAAUCCCCUGGAUCCACGGAAUGCAGAUAAAAUCAGAGUGAAAAUCGCCGACCUGGGAAAUGCCUGCUGGGUGCACAAACACUUCACGGAAGACAUCCAGACUCGUCAGUAUAGAUCCAUAGAGGUGUUAAUAGGCGCAGGUUACAGUACACCUGCGGACAUUUGGAGUACGGCGUGUAUGGCAUUUGAGCUGGCAACGGGCGAUUAUCUGUUCGAGCCACAUUCUGGGGAAGACUAUUCCAGAGAUGAAGACCACAUAGCCCACAUCAUAGAGCUGCUAGGCAGUAUCCCAAGGCACUUUGCUCUGUCUGGAAAAUACUCUCGGGAAUUCUUCAAUCGCAGAGGAGAACUGCGGCACAUCACCAAGCUGAAGCCCUGGAGCCUCUUCGAUGUACUUGUGGAAAAGUAUGGUUGGCCCCCUGAAGAUGCGGCACAGUUUACAGAUUUCCUCAUCCCGAUGUUAGAAAUGGUUCCAGAAAAACGAGCCUCAGCUGGCGAAUGCCUUCGGCAUCCUUGGUUGAAUUCUUAGCAGAUUUUACAAAUAUAGCAUUCUGAGCUAGCAAAUGUUUUCCAGUACAUUGGACCUAAACGGUGACUCUCAUUCAUUAACAGGAUUACAAGUGAGCUGGCUUCAUCCUCAGACCUUUAUUUUGCUUUGAGGUACUGUUGUUUGACAUUUUGCUUUUGUGCACUGUGAUCCUGGGGAAGGGUAGUCUUUUGUCUUCAGCUUAGUAGUUUACUGACCCACUUUCUUCUGGAAACAAUAACAUGUGUCUAAGCUUUGUUUCUUGUGUUGUGUGACAUUCAAGUGUCAAUUUUUUGGAACGAAAAAUACUUUCCCUCCUUGUGUUUUGGCAGGUUUUGUAACUAUUUAUGAAGAGAUAUUUUAGCUGAGUACUAUAUAAUUUACAAUCUUAAAACAUUAUCAAGUUGGAAUUAAGAACUAUAGCAAGGAAAUGUACAAUUUUAUCUCCUGGCAAAGGGACAUCAUUCCUGUAUUAUAGUGUAUGUAAAUGCACCCUGUAAAUGUUAAUUUCCAUUAAAUAAGGAUGGGGACUCAAAUUUCUGAAGAGCUACUAAGUCUUGAGUGCUUUGUAGCCUAAGUUGCAUGUAACAGAAUUUAACUGCCCAAGGAGUUGUGAGAACUUUCAUUCCAUAGCAUAAUCCUUUUGCAUUGGAGUUUUAAACAAAGUGGCUCUGGGCUAGAGUAUCAUUCCAUAUAUGGCACUUUACAGGAAGUAAAGAUAUACUUCUCAUGCUAAAAUAAAUAUUUGUAAGGAUUAGGAUUUAGUGUUCCCAUACUUUUUUUUUCUUCUCUCUUCUCAUAAGUUACUUUUUAAGAAGAGCAGUUUCCGGGUCUAGAGCUAUAGCACAGCGGGUAGGGCGUUUGCCUUGCACGCGGCCGACCCGGGUUUGAUUCCCAGAAUCCCAUAUGGUCCCCUGAGCACCACCAGGAGUAAUUCCUGAGUGCAGAGCCAGGAGUAACCCCUAUGCAUUGCCAGAUGUGACCCAAAAAGAAAGAAAAAAAAAAAGAGCAGUUUCCUCUUAAAAAUGUGUUAUCUUGAUACCAUGCGCUAUUGCCUCUUCCAGGCACCUGUAAGUUAAACUCAACAUAGAUUAAAUUGGACAAGGAAACAUGUUCAGUGUGUGAAUGAAAAAUAUAUAUCUAUGCUGACGGGUGGAAGGCUUGCGAAUGUUUGCUAAAACCAAGGUAUGGCAUAUACAAUUUACAAUAGGCAGAAUUCUAACACUGGGAGGUAAAAGUGAUCACAUUCAUUCCAUAGGCAGUUUUAUGUAUGGCUAUGGCACGUUUUACUACCUUUUUAUUUUCUUCUCAUGAACUGAAGUUGAAAAACUGAUUUUCCCUUUGCAGGUCGCACAGUUUAGUUUGUGCAUUUCCUCUAAAUUGCAGAAUCCAGGUCACAAACCAUAGUAGGCAAUACAAUUUUAGAAUGUAACAUAUUGAGGUGAAUUUAGCCUCUUUUAGAAGUCAUUGGAUUGAAUGUUUUUUUUUUUAUUAACUCAUUAAGGUGCCUCUUUUUCUUGACUUUGUCCAUUAAUAUUUAUCCAUAUAUGCCUUUGCAAUAACUAGAUUGUGAAAAGAUAACAAGUGUUGUAACAAUAAUCCAUUGUUUGAGGUGCUUGCAGUUGUCUUAUAAAAUUAAAGUAUUGGUUUUUUUUUUUUCCAGA